AUGCUCCAGCGCCUCGCCAUCCCCGCGGCCAAGCUCCUCCGCCGCAGCAGCCACCCCGUCCCCGGCCAGCUCCUCGUCACGGAGCACUUCUUCCAGGUGCCCCUCGACUACGCCCGCCCCUCGGCCGGCGCCAUCACCCUCUUCGGCCGCAGCGCCACCAAGCACGAGACGCCCAUCGUGGCCCCCGACGAGCCGCCCGCGCCCAAGCCCUGGCUCGUCUUCCUCGAGGGCGGGCCCGGCUUCGGCAACCGCGAGCCCCAGGACCAUCCGCUGACGCGCGUGGCCGUCGCCCACGGCUACCAGGUGCUCUACCUGGACCACCGCGGCGUCGGCCUGAGCACGCCCGUGUCGACCGAGAUGCUGGCCCGGCUGCCCGGCGGCGGCCAGGGGUCCCCCGACGCCGUCGACGUGCAGGCCGGCUAUCUCAAGCUCAUGCGCCAGGACAACACCGUGCGCGACUGCGAGGCCGUCCGCAAGCUGCUCACCGACGGCCUGCCCGAGCACAAGGCGCGCUGGUCCAUCUUCGGCCAGUCCUACGGCGGCUUCGUCGCCAUCUCGUACCUGUCGCUGCAUCCCGAGGGCCUGCGCGAGGUCUUCCUCACCGGCGGCCUGGCCCCCGUGGGGAGGACCCCCGACGAGGUCUACCAGGCGACGUUCCAGAAGACCAUUGAGCGCAACGCCGUGUACUAUCAAAAGUACCCCGAGGACGUCGACGUCUUGCGCCAGAUUGCUGGGCAUAUCGAAAAGGAGGGCGGGCAGCAAGGUCUUCCCCUGCCUGGAGGAGGCUUCUUGACGGUGCCUCGUCUGUUGACGAUAGGACUUGCCCUUGGUUUCCAUGGAGGCAUCGAUCAGAUCCAUGGUAUUCUGUUGCAGCUCAAGGCCUCCCUCGACCAGCUCGGGUUCCUCACGCGGGCUUCUCUCGCCCCCCUGGAGUCAUUCACCUCCUUCGACACAAACAUCAUCUACGCCAUCCUCCACGAGGCCAUCUACUGCGACGGGCCCGGCAGCGUCUCCAACUGGGCCGCCCACCGCGUCGGCCAGGCGCUGUCCCAGUUUUCCUGGCUCGCCCGCGACAACACGGCCACGUCUUCCUCCGCGCCGGCCGACCAGCCCCUGCUCUUCGCCGGCGAGAUGAUCUUCCCCUUGCACUUUGAGACGUAUCCCGAGCUGAUUCCCUUGCGCGCCGUUGCCGAGCGGCUGGCUACCGCCUCGGAUUGGCCGGCGCUGUAUGAUGUCGAGCAGCUGAGCAGGAAUGAGGUGCCUGUUUAUGCGGCCGCGUUUGUGCACGACAUGUAUGUCGAUUACGCGUUUUCGAGGGACACGGCCAAGUUGAUCAAGGGGACCAAGACGUUUGAGACGAAUGUCAUGUAUCACAGCGCCCUGCGGGCAAAGGCGGAGGAAGUCUUGGGGGCUUUGUUUGCCCUACGGGACGACGUAAUAGACUAG